AUGACCAAAUGUGAUUACUUCCCCAAUCUUACUCUGCAUACUGAAGAAAAGCAAAUGAAAGAAUUACCAAUAAUUUUACAGCUGUUUGAAACCUGCCCCUCCGGAUGGAUGCCUAAGUGUUUGUAUUCUGGCCAGUAUGGCACCGUGAAACUUCCACAGAGUAUGGAUAUCCAGUUAUACCUCCAGGGCAAAAAAAAAUUUUCUGUAAGCCGAAAGGAAACACCUUCAGAAAAGAAGUUCGUUAGGUUGAUAGACUCUCGGGUUCCCAAAGAAGGGGAAAAGAAACAUAAGCUAGGUGUUUGCGUGUUUCCAGUGGUUUUGAUGGCUGAAUGGACAAUAUUAGCACGGUUUUUUGAGGGGUGGAUUGAACAUGGUGCAACAAAAUUUUACUUACCUAUCCAGUCUAUAUCACGUGAAUUUGACGGCAUGCUGCGUAUGUACGAAAGAGAUCCUAGUAUUGAUAUUGAAAGGAUUGACUGGAGCAUAUUACCUUACGAUGGAACGUCAUUCGAGGAAGAUCCAAAUGCUCAAGUCAUGAGGGCAGAAGUACGA